CGUCUCGCAGCUCACCUGCACCCGGACACACACGCCCACUCCCACUCCCACUCACAUUCCCACGAUCACAGCCAUGGCCGCAGAGGUCCAGGAAACGGCGCCCGUCUCCGUGCCCGAGGAGGCCCCCGCCGCGCCCGAGAAGAAGCCCACGGCCGCCAGCAAGAGAGCCAAGCCGGCGGGCAGCCCGGCCAAGAAGCGGUCCGGCAAGAAGAAGAACCAGCCGGGCAAGUACAGCCAGCUGGUGGUGGAGACCAUCCGCAAGCUGGGCGAGCGCAGCGGCUCCUCGCUGGCCAAGAUCUACAACGAGGCCAAGAAGGUGAGCUGGUUCGACCAGCAGAACGGCCGCACCUACCUGCGCUACUCCAUCAAGGCGCUGGUGCAGAACGACUCGCUCAUCCGCGUCAAGGGCACCGGCGCCAACGGCUCCUUCAAGCUCAACAAGAAGAAGCUCGACAAGCCGGCGGACAGGAGGGGCGCCGGGGCCGCCAAGAGCCCCGCCGCGGCCGCCAAGAAGGCGAAGAAGCCCCCGGAGAAGAAGGCGAAGGCCAAGCCCAGCCCCAAGAAGAAGCCGCCGCAGCAGCAGCCCAAGGCGCCCGGCGCGGCCAAGAAGACGGCCAAGCCAGCCAAGAAGACGGCCAAGCCGGUGAAGAAGCCCAAGAAGGCCAGCAAGCCCGGCGUGCCCAAGGUGCCGAAAGCCAAGCGCGCCUGAGCCGGGCCGGGCCGAACCGUGCCGGCGGAUCGGAGAUGCUUCUAUUUUUGUAAGAGAACAGUGUUGUUGCACGGCGCCUAGCGCUGUCUCCCCAACCCCUGUUGUUGCAUAUAAUGCGUUCGUUUCCGUUUUUUUUUUGUUUCGUUUAUAUAUAUUUUUUUUAAAAGAUGGUUAAUCUGCGUGUUUUUUAACGUUUGUACUUGGGUUUGUUUCUAAUUGCCGUGGGUGGGGGCCCGGUGCCGAGGAUGACGUAUUUCUGUACCGGGGCGAGGGCGGAGGAGGGUGGCGGCGCAGGCGGUACGGACCUGGACUCGGUGGUCCCGCGGUCGUGCGUGGGGGCCGCACGGCUGGACAGGGGUGGGCUGCUCGCACUGAUUCGCCCGUAGCCUGGCAACCGCCGAGCUUCCGCCGUGCUCGGCCCCUGUGCACCCUGGGACAUGUAGUCCGGCUGCGGCUCGAAAGCGGCGCCUGUAGGCGUUUGAGCAGAACCCGCAGGCGGGCUUUAGGGUGGGCGGCAGCUCGGGGAGGGGGAACGGAGUUGAAGGGGUAAACGCAAAAAAAAAAUGCUUAAGGUCUGCAUCAUGUAAGCCGCUUGGUUAGACCUUUUUGCUUUGAGCAGUUUUGAGUAACUUGUCACUUUCUCGGAUGACAGCUGCUUAAUAAACAAUGUUUAAACGCU